ACGCAGAGCUCACUCCUCCUCCUCCCUCCGCCAUCUCUGCAGCAGCACACGGAGCUCCAGCAGCAGGAGGAAGAGGAGGAGGAACAAUAAGCUCAGAGGAGGCUCAGCAGUCCGGCGGCGUGUCGCAGUUUUAGCGGAAGCUGGUAAAGCGGCUGCCCGGAGGAGGAGGCAGGGGGCCGGCAGAGGGAACAUGUCCUCCCCGCAGGUAUCCCGCCGGCAGUCGUGCUACCUGUGCGACCUGCCGCGCAUGCCUUGGGCCAUGAUCUGGGACUUCACGGAGCCCGUGUGCCGCGGAUGCGUCAACUAUGAGGGCGCGGACCGGAUCGAGUUCGUCAUCGAGACCGCCCGCCACCUGAAGCGCGCUCACGGCUUCCAGGAGACCCGCGGCGCCGCGGGAGCGCCCCCGCAGCAGCAGCCCGGGGCGACGAAGAGCCAGGCGGCCAUACUAAGCGGCAAAGAGCCGCCAAGCCACCACCACCCGGCGGAUGGCGCAGCCAAGCCCCAGCAGCCCGGGCCGGACCGCUACUCGCUCGGACGCUUCGACUACGGCGGCAGGCCGCCCACCGGGCUCGGAGGACCGAACGGCUUCAAGGACGACGGACCGCCGGAGUUGAACCGCCAGAGCCCGAACUCCCGCGGCAGGACCCCCGCCGGGCCGCCGUCCGCCGCCGUGCCGCCCAGCCUGGUGCCGCAGACGGGCCGGGCCGAGCCCGGGGCGAAGCGGCCCGCCUCGGUGUCCGCCGCCGACCCGGACCGGGAGCUGAAGGAGAAGCAGCGCAACGCGGAGGUGCUGGCCGAGCUGAGCGACAGCCUGCGGAGCCGCCAGGAGGAGUGGGCGGGCCGGCCGAAGGCCGUGCGCGACACGCUGCUCGCGCUCACCGGAAGCACGCCCUUCGAUGUCCGCUUCAAGAAGGACCACGCGCUGCUGGGCCGCGUGUUCGCUUUCGACGCGGCGUCGAAGCCCGGCGCGGAGCAUGAGCUGAAGCUGUUCAUCGAGUACCCGAGCGGCUCCGGGACGGUGUUCUCCAGCGCCUCGGGGGUGGCCAAGCAGAUGUACCAGGACUGCAUGAAGGACUUCGGCCGCGGGCUCUCAUCCGGCUUCAAGUACCUGGAGUACGAGAAGAAGCCGGGCUCCGGGGACUGGCGGCUGCUCGGGGACCUGCUGCCGGAGCCGCUGCGCUUCUUUCGGGAGCCGCUGUCCGUAGAGCUGCUGCCGCAGCCGCACGCCGACGGCGGCUUCCCGCUGCCGCCAGGGCGGGCGGGGGGCUCCCGGCCCGGGCUGAGGAAGAGGAAGGCCUCCCCGGAGCCGGACUCUGCGGACGAGCAGCAGCGGCAGCAGUGGCUCGGUGGCCCGGGCGAGGCCCUCAAGACCCCCCCGGAGUCCGCCGCCGCCCCCCCGCAGAACGGACAAUCCCCCAUGGCCGCGCUCAUGUCGGUGGCGGAUGCGCUCGGGAACGCUCACUCGCCCGGCAAGGACAGAGACUCCGCCGCCCACUCCAGGCACGCGGCCGGCAGCCCGGCGUCCCCGUCCUCCGCGUCCGGCCAAAGGCGCCUCUCCUCCCGCAACGGGGACCUCGGGCUGUCCGCGCCCGUGCAGGACCAGGUGCACCCGCAGAGCGUGCCCGACUCCCCCGUGGCCAACAGCGGACCGCUGUGCUGCACCAUCUGCCACGAGCGCCUGGAGGACACCCACUUCGUGCAGUGUCCCUCCGUCCCCGGACACAAGUUCUGCUUCCCCUGCUCUCGGGAGAGCAUCAAGGCCCAAGGGGCUUCCGGGGAGGUGUACUGCCCCAGCGGGGACAAGUGCCCGCUGGUCGGCUCCAACGUGCCCUGGGCCUUUAUGCAGGGGGAGAUCGCCACCAUCCUGGCUGGAGAUGUGAAGGUAAAGAAGGAGAGGGACCCCUGAGGAGGAGGAGGUGCUAGAGCCUCAAACCCAGACUUUGUUUUUUAUGUUCCCUGGAUCACAGCCCAGGUCGAGGUACUUUACUUCAGCCCCCCCCCAACAGAGAUUCCUCUAACCUAAACCUAAACUCGGUAAAAUAUUCAAAACUAUGAAGAACAGCAAACUGUUUCAGUCAUUUAGAGUCCAGACUGGUGCUCAUGUGAAAACUUUUCUGAUUUAACACUUUCCACCUUCCUUUGUCAUCGUAUCUGUUUUUGUCACAUCAAAAACAGACAUGAUGAGGUUAAAGGUUGAGUUUUAACCUGGCGUCAGUAAAAUAAAUGAGUGUUAAUGAUCCAAAGCAGCGCUGAUGCUCUUCAGUUUAUACAUCGAGCUGAGUAAAGAGCUGACUCCAGCUCCGUGUACACGUGUGUGUGCAGACAGAUCACGCGUGCUAUCGUUUCUGUCCAACACUCAUCACAGUUUCUUUACUGUGAGGCUUAAAUUAACCUGAAUAUUCUGUUAAAAGGAGUUCAUGUAAUUGUAGGUGGCUCCUGCAGCGUAAUGUGUGUGUGAAAUUUGUUAUAUUUUAAAAGAAAAAUGUAACCAAAUUAUCCAACAAACUCCAGUGUAUGACAUCACAGUCGUGGUCUUUGGUUCAUCUGGCGUUUAAACUUGUGCGUUUACUUUGUGAAUCAGUCGUUUGUGUUUUUGUCUGUUGUUCAGGACGAUGUGCUCACAGACUGAAACAGUUUGACUGAAACAUGAAACAUUACUGACGUUAAUCUGCGCCUGUUGUGUGGAUCCAGGUGUCGCUCCUGCCAUCGUUCAUGUUCGUCUGGAGUUUGAUUAACAUACAGUCACAGUUUGUGUCCUCGGUCCGAGUCGCCGUCACACUUCCAUCUCACAGUGCUAUUCACAUUAGUUAUGUUUGUUUUGAACGGUCGUAAGUUCUUCCUGGUUGAUAAACGAACCCUCCCAGGAAACUGUUGACGGGCUCAGACGUUACGUUUCACCGCUGGUGGAGAAGCGUGUGGAGGGUGGGCGGUGCUCAUGUUCAGUGUUUAUUACGUUUGACUCUGUGUAAUUAACGUCGUGGACAUCGUCAACCUCGUGCUCUCAGAAUGAUAUCAGGCUGGACUGUUGUGAAACAAAGGUCCGUUAGCAGCGAUGAGACCGGCGGGGAGUUUCAGGGCGUCUUUGUGCACGUUCCCACUACAGGAAGCGGCCGGUAGGACACCGUUCUAGGAGGAGAAAGCACUCGCUUACGGUCCGUCGCUCCACAUUCCCACUCUGUGGAGUCGCACUCGCGGCAGCUGGAGGGGCUCUUCAUGAAGGGUUAUUACAGAAAUGCAGCUGAAGCUGUGGAGCGCGCUCACAGCAGGUCCAUACCUGUCAGGUGUCCUCACUGUGAGCGUGCACACUCACUCAUUUUAAACUGAUCGUUACAACGAUCGCCACCGUCUCGGCCCGCUGUCGUCCGCUGUGAGCUCACAGAGCCUUCGUUUAAAUUAUGGCUCGUGGUUUUGGUGCCGUUAACGCUGGCGUCGAGCUUCAAGCCGUCGCACGAAGAUCAGCUCGGUAACGUUCUCAGACUUCCUGCGGUGGGAAGCGGCGGUAGGCUGUCACUCCUGCGGCACGUCGGCAGAAGCAGGGGUGUUUGCUCGUGAGCUUAAGAUGAUUAGACAAUAACUGGCUGUGUACAGACUUGAACUUUGACCUCAGCCUUGUUGGACGUGCGGAUGAAACGGGCGACAUGCUGUUACAGAGCCGCUCCUCGCCUGAAACAGCUGCAGCAUCAGUUCACCUCCUCUAACCCAGCAUGGCUGAGAGGAGGCGUGGCCGCCUUCACUCGUGACUCUUCCUGAUCUCUGCAGCAGCUUUGAGACGAGUACAAACGGAGACUCUCUGCAGUCGUCAGCCGUCACGAUUCAGCUGUACGUGUUUGCUGCUCCUCAUAACUCGGGUGUAGAAACUUUCUGUGCUUUAAAAAACAAACAAACUUCAUUGUCGGAUAUUUUAGAGCUUUGUUGAUCCUGUCCAGCAAAUAAAUGUUAUGUUUCUGUUGCACCUGGAUCCACAAAGCAAACGCAGAGAUGGAGGUCAGACUGGUGAAUUCUUCAUUUUCAGUAAAUUUAAAACAAAUUAACUCUCAAAUCCAGAGUGUUUCUUCUGUGAACAAACUGGUUCCAUUAGUUUGAAGUAAACCAACCAAAAAACGCCUCGACUUCAGCCCUGAGAGUCUGAAGGUAAACUCACCUCGAGGAACAUGUCUGCUGCUCGUUUGCUGGUUUUCUUCUGUUUGGACUGGACAGGAAGUGAGACCUGUGAACACGCUCGGACGCUCGCUGUUGGAGAGACUAAACAGGAAGUUCAGUUUGUUUCUUCUGCCCUGAAAGCCGACGGUGUCAGAGUAUAAUUAUGCUGACGUUUCACUGCAGAUGUAAACGAAUAAAUCAGCAUAAAAACAGAUGAGCAGGACGUGACGUAGAGUCAGGUUUAAACGAUGCUUGGAAUUGUGUAUAGUUUCUACCUUGUGUCAUGAUCUAAAUGUAAAAAAGAAAAAAACCUUUUGUACUUGAAAACUGUGUCAGAUGUUUUGGGACAUCGAAGAGGAGACCGUCGCCGUGCACACGCCGUCUUCCCUCCAUCCAGUCAUUUGAAAGGACAGAUGAGGACUGGUUCCAGGCUGAGUUUGGAGCAGACCGCUGAACUUAUAAAUAUUCUACAUGUGGAUGUUUCAGAAAACGUGUUUAACAAAGAAACGAGCGUGUUGUGUUGUCGUGGAGAUGAAGGCGUGAUCAGUGCCGUGGUGUUUAGGAGGUUCAGCGUGAGGCAGCCUGUAGUCACACUAACACUUGCUCCAUUUUUACAUUAGAAAGUUGUGUCUGUAAAGAAAACAACAAAAAACAACUUUUUUUAUUUUUAUAGAAAUAAUUUAUUUCAUAUUUUCAUUUUGAAUUGGACGUUUUUAAUUUUUUCCUUUCUAAUAUAUUUUUUACUGCAAUAAGAACCCUCCUCCUCUCUGUUCCUGCCUCACAUGAAGGUUCAGCUUGUUUUGUAUUUCUGUUCAGAUAAAAAUGAAACUAACACAUUUGAUCUUGUAACGUGCCUUGGAGCUGAGUCGGUUGUAAUAAAUUCCUUUUCUGUCAAA